CAGCCUAUCUGCAUUAGUAUAUCGGAGUCAUUUCAGGGGUUAUCAUCUUCAAUCGUUCAGUGAUAUGUUGAAGGGAAUGUACAGCAUGUUUGUUUUAUUCUGUUUGGUCUCAUGGUGUCUAGUUGGUACGUUUGGUGAUGAUACAGAUGAAGUGAUAUCAGUGUCAGUGAUGGAGGGAGAAAAUAUCACUCUAUACACUGAUCUUUCCGAAUUACAGAGAGAUGAUCUGAUACUGUGGAGUUUUGGAGAUAAAGGCACUCAAAUAGCAGAACUAAACAGAUCGGCUAAAAACAUCACUCUGUCUAAAAAUAACGGAAGAUUUAUAAACAGGCUAAAGUUGAACCAGCAGACCGGAUCCCUAGUCAUCACAAACAUCAAAACCACAGACUCGGGCCUCUACAAAGCACAAAUCAUUGGAAAUAAGGUGUCCAAAAAAACCUUCAAUGUUAUUGUUAUAGCUCAUCUCCCUGUUCCUGUCAUCGUCAGUUACUGUCCACAGAAUCCUCCAUCAUCAGAAAGAUCUUCAGUCUCAAAAUGUGUGUUGUUGUGUUCAGUGAUGAAUGUGUCACAUGUGAGUCUCUCCUGGUACAAAGGAAACAGUUUAUUGUCCAGCAUCAGUGUGUCUGAUCUCAACAUCAGACUCUCUCUACCUCUGGAGGUGGAAUAUCAGGAUACAAACACAUACAGAUGUGUCAUCAACAAUCCCAUCACAAACCACACACAACAUCUCAACAUCACUCAACUCUGUCAGCCGUGUUCUGGUGAUUGUGUCGACAACUAUGAUACAUCAGAAGCUUUGAUCCGACUGGUCGUCUCUGCUCUGAUGGGCAUGGCUGCUGUAGCUGCUUCUGUUGUUCUGAUAUAUGACAUCAAAUCUAGAAGAGCUGAAGAAAACAAAAAAGAUCAGACAUCAGUCAAACAAUGAGUGAGUUUAUUUGCAAAAACUCAGUAAAAAAACAUGUCUUUGUCAUGUUAUCAUGUUUGCAUUGUGUUUUAUUGUGUUUGAUAAAUGUUUUUGAGGUAUUAUUACUUAAUAAAAACAACCAUAU